UAGGGCUGGGUGGCGGGGAAUCAAACCAUGGAUCAUAGAUUCCCCAGCCCGUUUCCCAUCUCACUGAGCUAACCCUACCAGGUGCAACGGAUAGAGACUAAUUGGUAGGGAGCGCGUGGCAGGGAGCGAGUGAGCAGAGAACAGCGGUGAUUACUGAUUAACGACACCUGCUCACAGGGCUUUUGGAAGCAGAGUGCGGUCAUUUCGUUUGGGCGUCGGCCGAGGUAAGAGCUCGAAGGAGUACUUUGAAAUUAGAAAUGUCAGAUACGGUGACAAGUUGCCCGCUUUGCCGUGGUGUGUAUGCUGCUUUGCGGCAACACUUGAGGAGAGCUCACGGAGUGAAGAACGCGGAAGAGAGGGGCCUGCUGUUGUCGCUAGCAAGUGGCCGAACGAACAUUCGCGCGGAGCCUUGUCCAGUCGCGGGGUGCAGCUACAGAAAAAAAAGGUUAGACCGUCACCUUUCUGAUGCGCACCCUGAAGUGAAUGCCGCUGAAUUGGACGAACUGUUAGCAAGUUUAAAGAAGCGUGUAGCGGUGAGGCAACUCUCUGAGCUGCGGGCCACUUUACCGGCCAUUUCCAUGGUGUCGAGGCUUGACGAGGCCGCCUAUGAAGAGACCGAGGCCAGCCCCACGGAGCUGCCUCCGUCUGGAGUGGUUGCGGAGACCCCCACCGAUCUCUCUCCGUCUGACGAGCUUGCGGGCAGCCCCAACGAGGUGCCCCCGACUGGCGAGAUUGCGGAGAGCCCCACCGACCUGCCUCCGUCUGGAGUGAUCCAGGAAAGCGGCCAUGGCACAGAGCCUGGUGGUUGCAGCAUCCGGAGCUGCCUUGCCAUCCGGAGUGCUCUUCGCGCCAGGUGUUUCCAGUUACAGAGGAAGGUGGCUUUGCUCUCAAAGAGAGGGAGGAACCCCUCCAUGGACCCGGUCCCGGUCCAGCCAGGGAGAACGGAAGGUUUUGGCCGACAAAGUACGUCAAAAUGCCCCAAGUUUUCCCAGUCUGUGGAAUCCUACUUGUCUGCGUACCGCCUUCAGAACCAGGGCUCCAAUCCCUCGGUAAAGCGGAGGGAAAACGCCGCAUCCAAGGUGGGAAGAGUCCGAGACUUCUUAGCAUACAUGGCGGCUGGUAAGGAUAGGCUCCACCUGUGGAACUACCUAGACAACCCCGAGCGUAUAUUCAGUUACGCAGCAAGCCUCCAGCCCAGCAAGACCGUCACGACGGCUGCAAUUUAUCUAAAAAAUUUGUCCCAGUUCAUGAAGUAUUUUCAGCAAACGCCCCCGAAACAAUGCAGACUUUCCCGGGGUCAGAUAGUCGGUGUUAUACGGGCUGUGGAUGCCUCUAAAUCUAACAUCCACACACCAGUAGUCCUCCACCAGCUAAAGGUGAAGUCGGAUAAACUGUCCCGCCUGGUUUCCCGUGAGACGCUGCGUGACUGUCAGAUGAGGGCGAGCGCAGCAAUCCCAAAGGUUCUGGACUGCAUGGAGCGUGGAAACAGCACCCGGGAACGGUACGCCUUUUUCGGUCACUUGUCCGCCCUCCUGGCAUCCCUCUAUGGACACCGGCCGGGCGUAUUCAGGAACAUGACAGUGACUGAGGUGCUCCAUGCUGCGGAGGAGGAAGAGUGCGAGGCGGACACCAUCACCGACCCUGGCUAUGUUAUUUCGGUGGCGGAGCAUAAGACUAACAGGGACUUUGGCGCAGCACAGAUGUACCUGCGUUCUGAAGAGUACUCCUGGUUUAAAAGGUGGCUGGCGGUGCGGGGAAAAUGCAACCCCACAACGGAUCACUUUAUGGUAGGCGAUGGAGGAGGGCCAGUCACCAACCUACUCCAUUGCAUGCAAGGUGCCUGGAUAGAAAUGGAGCUGCCUGGCCGGCCAAAUUUCCUGGACCUCCGCACCGCAGUCGCAGCACAUGCCAAAAACUUCCAUCCCGAUGAUGUCCGAAGGCGCAUAGCAACCUUCAUGUGCCACGACGUAUCAACUGCUGACCGCUUCUACACACUCGUCCUGAAUCCGAGGCAGGCCAAACAGCUACGUAUCCAGCUGGAAGAAGUUGUUGCUGACCCCGACCCCCCGUGUGCAUUGUCCGUUUGAAUAAAACGAGUUGUUGAAUUCAAAGUGUUUAAUGUAUUAUUUUAUAUAUUACCUGGGGCACUAUAAUUAAAGUGGUUUAUUUCAAAGUGUUUUAGUGGUUUAAAUCAAAGUGU